AUGUUAGAUCAUGAUCAUGGAGACAAUGCUAUUUUGGGCAUCGUGCUUAUUGGGUGUUUUUCAUCAUGCAGCGGAUCAGUUUCAAGCACAUCGCGAUUUUGUGUGAUUGCAAAUCGAGUGGGGAGCAGUGGGGUUGGGAACCAACGCCUGCUUGCUUUCAGAUCAAAUGCUACAGCUUCUCCAGUUUCCGUGGAAGUGAGCUACGGAGAUGUGGACCCCUCCUCGGCCGGGUGGAGCUCGUGGAAGAAUCUUGGAGCUCCGUUGGCCAGUCCGCCGCUGUCCAACCCUGUGUGUGAAAUGACAGAACGAAAUCAAACCCAGGUCUUUGUGCAAGCAUCCGAUGGGCAAGUCUACUCGGUGAUUCAAGACACCCUCAAUUUUUUGAACUUCUCCUCGUGGAAGAAAGUUGGUUCCAACUCCAUCCCGGUCACCUUGCCCAAGCGACCCACGCUCGUAGAUUCCGUAUCUGCAGUCUGGUAUCACAAGCAACUCAUGGUUUUUGCUCGCUCGAUCAGUACUACUACUUCAAGGCUGUAUGGUGUAAAGUAUGGAAGGCCAUUUAGGCCACGGCACGCGUCAAGACAUCUUCUUCUUUCAUCAAAUCUGAUAUGUUAUGCACGCAGUGCUUGCACUUCAACCAGCUGUACUUGGGGUCUUGUUGCUGGUACUGCGCUCAUUGGAACAGAUGCUACGCUGAUCAAGAAUCCUUUCACGGCCAAGUACGAAGGAUUCGUGAUAUCUCCUAAAGGGAAGAUGUACCGGACAUGGCAGCACGCCAGUGGCAACAGCUUUAAAGCCUGGAAAGCAAUGGCUUCUUCACCUACCUUCUCAGUUGUCUCCAGACCUGUCGCUCAAGUAAUGGGCUACAACAUUUUUAACGGCAAGAUCAUGAUUGGGGGAAUCGGAGUGGAUAACUACGUACACAGGUGCGCCCAGGCUACCUGUGACAUAGUGGACAAUCCUUGGAGUUACUGCACGUGGGGAAACUGGCAUCAGACUGGUGGGAAGAUUCCAUUUGACAAUGGAGGGAUGCAAAACAACUUGGUCAUGAGCAGGAAUGUACACUUUGGGGUUGAGAUCUUUGCAGUCCAAGAAACGAGUGGGCAAUUAUGGCAAACUUGGCAGCCCGCGAGAGAUACAUCUUGGAAUGUCUGGAGAAAGAUUCCCCAAAACCUGACUGGGGCAGCGUUCAUCAAUAACCCUUUCCUCCGUCUCAACGAAGCUGGCUGGUGGAUAGCAUAUGGUCUCAAUUACAAACAUCAGGUUGUUCCGGUUGAGGCGUCACAUUCCAUGGACAUCAGUCCAAAGAAGGUAGCCUGGUCCAAGAACAUGGUCGUGUCCUGGUCCAUCUCUAGUAACCAGGCUUCAAAAAUGGACUGGAUUGGUGUCUACCCCAAGGGAUUAAACAACGAUCAGUACCUAGACUACAGGUAUGUCCAGGGUGGCCUGAAUCCUGGAAAGAACCCAGUCAACAUAGGGAAGGUGUCCAUGGCCUCCUUCCUUCCGAACGGGGCUUAUCAGGUUCGCUACCUGGUUAACAGUCAAUUCAUCAGCAUUAUGGAAAUGGGUACGUUAAAGGCUCGUUUGUAA